ACUAGCCAGAGAUAAUACAAAUAGAAAACCCUAAACAUCCAGAGAAAAAAAAAAACAGCGAAAAUGCCAAAGCGGUACACCUAUUACAGGCAGAAGAAGUUUGUAUGGAGGUUCCCGAAGAAGAAAAAUCCGGCGGAUGCUUCCUCCUCCAAUCCGCCUCCGCCGCCGCCUCCAUGGGUUGAGCUGCCGCGUGACAUAACGGCGAACAUUCUGCACAGGCUGGGGACGAUAGAUGUGCUGCAGACUGCCCUCAAGGUGUGCUCGACAUGGCGGAGCGUGUGCCUGGACCCUGCUAUGUGGCGCGUCAUCGACAUGUCGAGUUCCGACGAUGACCAUCUAUAUUCUCCGGCGUUAAAGCCCAUGUGCCGUUACGCGGUGGAUCUCAGCCAGGGACAACUCGUAGACAUCACCAUUGAGGAGUUCGGUACUGAUGAUUUGGUUCUCUAUAUUGCUCAGCGAGCAAAUCAGCUUAGACGUCUUCAGCUUGUGUCCUGCAUUAAUGUUUCUAGUGAAUGCUUGUGUAAGGCUGCUACCGAAUUUCCAUUGCUGCAGGAGCUGCAAAUCCACUUCUCCAACAUUUCAAGUGAAGGCAUCAAAGUUGUUGGUCGUUCUUGUCCCUCGCUCAACUCAUUUACAUUUGACCAGUAUGGAUCUAUGUCCCCAAUGGAGUGUGAUGAUGAUGCCCUAGCAAUUGCAGAAAACAUGCAUGGAUUGCACCACCUUUCACUUUUUGGAAACAAGAUUACAAAUAAAGGUGUGCAGGCAAUACUUGAUGGUUGCCCACAUCUUGAAUCUCUUGACUUGCGAAGGUGUUCCAAUGUUACUCUUGAAGGUGAUUUGGGGGUGAGAUGCUCUCAGCGGAUUAAGAAUCUAAGGUGCCCUAAUGAUUCAACUUCUGACUAUGAAUUUUGUGAUUAUGUUGAGGACGACGAUGACUACUAUGGAUUAUACUUAUCUGAUGGGUUCCCAGAUUAUUAUGACUAUGAUUAUGAUGAUUUUGCGUAUGAUGACUAUACUGAUCCUUUCAGCCAUGAGUACCUUGAACUUGAUGAUGACUAUCCAAGUAUACCAUUGGGAUGGUUGGUGUAGAGAGUUAAAUGAUGACCUUCCUGAUACUUUGGACGGGUGUUUUUUGUUGGCGAGGCUGGUGUGAUGACUGGGUUAUGUCUGCUUGCUGCUGCUAGUCAUGUACAGUAAUGGUUAAGAAUUUCUUUCUCAUGUUACCAUUAUUCCAUCUUGGCUGCUAUUUCUACUUUUGGAACUUAAUUUUGUUUGGUCCAGCUUUGACAUAAACAUUGUGGUCCUUAGUUUUGUGUGGAAAGCUAGUUGUUUUCCCUCUUUGAUCAGCUUUCCUUUUAUCUCGGAAUAACAUGAUCUGGAAGUUGUCCUA